CUAUGUUUGCUACUAUGGCACGUUCCCAAGCCAUAGAAUAAAUAAAGAUGGUAGUAUGUUAUCUGUGGCCGGAGAACACGGUUGUAUACUGGCAGGCGCCCACGCAGCCAUCAACAGUUUUAUGUUUAAAUUUCGAACCGCGAACUUUCGGAGUGAUUGAUAGUAUCCGUUACAAUGAUAAAUUUGUUCCAGUGUUGGAUUGGUCCACCUCGCAAGCUGGGCGGGCGUGGCAACGCCUGCUGUUCCGCGACGAACAAACGCACAAACAUAUUCACCGCGGUGAACAACUUCUUCGCUGAUUCGCCACUGGUGAAUCAGCUCAAAGGUAUCAUGACCAGACAAACAAACAGCAGUGGAGGAGAGCCAGGCCCUCCAGAUGAAUCCUCUCGCUCUAAUAACAGAGACCCGCCGACACUGGCAGUCAGCCCUUCAGACAGUCGCCAGUUUUCUGAGCAGACGUCUCCAAGCAAACCGCCGCGUCAGGUGACCUUCCUAAAACCGGCCGCUGACACUACGCUUGAUAGGAAGGCUUCCAUCGUCGACGAGACCUCGGGCAUCACCAGGACCCAAAUGAAAGAAUUCCGUGAGGCAUUCCGCCUAUUCGACAAGGAUGGUGACGGCACCAUCACGAAGGAGGAGCUGGGCAGAGUCAUGCGCAGCCUCGGGCAGUUCGCCAGGGUCGAGGAGUUGCAGGACAUGCUGCAGGAAGUCGACAGUGAUGGCGAUGGCAACGUUAGUUUCGAAGAGUUCGUGAGCAUCCUCUCCAAGUCCAUGAGUGGCCCUGCAGGGAACACCAGCUCAGCUGAACAGGAGGAGAGGGAGUUGCGAGAUGCGUUCAGGGUGUUCGACAAACACAACCGAGGUUACAUCUGCGCAUCAGACUUGAGGGCUGUACUCCAGUGCUUGGGAGAAGACUUAUCUGAAGAAGAGAUUGAGGACAUGAUCAAAGAAGUCGACGCAGAUGGCGAUGGCCGCAUAGAUUUUCUUGAAUUCGUCCGUGCUCUUGGUGAACCUGAGGAUGCGUGUGAUGAUGAAGACGAAGACGACACGACUGAAGGACCAGACCUCAUGAUACAACGGCCUGUAGCUGCCAACUAAACUGUCAAUAUAAACACGUAGCUAGGACAGGCAACAACAGAAUUAUUUGAAACAAAAGAAGAACUAGAAAAUGAUGAAGAAAUGACCUGAGAAUUAGUUGAUUGAUGUUCUAAUGAAUAAAUAAUACGAAAUGGAAAAGUCCUACGGCUGAUACAUAAUGAUCUUUGUUUAGUUAUGUAUGGGACAAAAGA